AUGAAGACUUACCAUGUUUCCUUCUGGCUUCUGGGUACAAUGCUCCUCCUGUGUUCAGUGUAUACCCGAGGUCUCAGGAAAUGUCUGAUUUCUAUGGACAUACACCAUAUAGAGGAGAACUUCAAUGAAAUCAAAAAAGCUAUUCAAGCUAAGGACACUUUCCAGAAUGUCACUAUCUUGGCCACAUCAGAACCCUUGCAAAAGGUGAAGUCCUUAGAUGUGUGCUGCAUGACCAAGAACCUCCUGGCAUUUUAUGUGGACAGGGUAUUCAAAGAUCACCAGGAGCUCAACCCUCAGAUCUUGAGAAAAAUCAGCAGCAUUGCCAACUCUUUCCUCAACAUGCAGAAGAUGCUACAAAAAUGUGAGACAAGAUUGUGUCAGUACAGGCAGGAAGUCACCAAUGCAACCAGAAUCAUCCAGAACAACUACAAUCAGUUGGAGGUUCAAUCAGCUGCCAUUAAGUGUUUGGGAGAACUUGAAGUUUUUCUAACUUGGAUUGACAAGACUCAUCUACAAAUUUCUACUGCAUGAUGCCUGAUGCCAAGAGUCCCUACUAGGCUUCUUGUGGGAGCCAGCCAACUUUAAGGGUUGAGAAAAUUUUAAGGUCACCACUUUAUAGAAACGAGGGUUUUAUUUUCUCCUUUUGUUACUUUUUGUUAACAUUUUAUUA